GCUUUGAUUGCUUGUUUUCUGGAAUGAUUACAUUGAGCUGCUCUCAUCUGUAAUCCAACUUGUUGCGCUAUUGUCCCAGGUAGGACUAUUAUUUGUUCGUUGAAUAUUGCUUCCGCUGCAACGCGUCAUACUUUACGCAGACUGGGAAAUUCACUCAUAUUUGAAGACAGGUCUCAAGACGCUUCCAUCUACCAUUCCACCAUCCCAUCAAAAACAAGAUGUCCCACGUCGCUAUCGCUGCAGUUGCGAAAGGUCGCUUCGACGAAAUACACGUUCCAACUGAGAAACCUCAGCAGGGAGAGGUUCUAUUAAAGACGGAAUAUGCAGCGAUGAUCGCUUUCGACACAUAUGUUACGGACUUCGGCUAUGCAACAGACACGUUCCCAAUGGUUCUUGGAUUCAAUGCCGCAGGAACCAUCGUCGAGGUUGGGCCAGGUGUUGAUGAUCUCAAAAUCGGGGACAAGGUCACCGCAUUCGCAUUCCAGGGCUCUAGGUCCAAAGCUAUGCAGCAAUAUUCCAUCCAGUCGCGUACUGUGUGUGCAAAGGUGCCCAAUUCUAUGUCUUUGGCUGCUGCCGCAACCAUACCAGAUAACUUCGUCACGGCGUUCCAUACGCUCUUCAACGAACUUGGUCUUCCUGUCCCAAAUACAUUUCCUGCCCUCGAAUCUCCCCCUCUUUCUUCCGCUCCAAUUCUGAUAUAUGGCGCUGGAUCUACAGCCGGCCAAUAUGCUAUUCAGCUUCUUCAUGCCGCCGGGUACAAAAAUAUCAUUGCCACAGCCUCCUCGAAGCACCAUGAAUAUCUAGCGUCGCUCGGUGCUACUGCAACCAUCGACUACCGUACUCCUUCACUUGUUGAAGAUAUUACGAAGGCAGCGGGAGGUGACGGCAAAGUCGCGCUUGCUAUAGACUGUAUCACUGCUGAGGGAACAAUAGCGGAGGUCUCAAAGGUGACGAGUGAGACAGGUACGGUAGCUCUGCUACUACCCGUGAAGGAGGGGAACAACGUACGAGGUGAAGCCCAGAUGUAUAUGGAAAUACCCGAAGGCCGCAACCCGUUUCCCAAAAGUGUCAAUAUUCGCGGAGUGCGCACAUUCCUAUAUCAAGAAAACGCGUUCCAGAAAGAGAAUGUAAUGCCCAAGAUUCUGCCUGACCUGCUGGAAAAGGGAAUCAUACAACCCAACCGAGUUCAUCUAUUGGAUCAGGGAACUUUCAAGGAAAGAGUGGCCGUGGGCUUGGAGCUAUUGAGACAUAACAAAGUUAGCGGGGAGAAAUUGGUGGUUAAGAUCGAAGUUUAGGCAUUAAGUCUAGGGACGAUGGUUUUUCCGUUUACAUUACGUAUCUGAUGUGGUAACCAACCAAAAAUUUAUUACUUAGAAUGACCCAGGUUCUCCAAAUUGUGAAUAUAGUUGCUGG